AUGUCCCAAGGACUCGAUGACCUUGUCAGCUUACUAGCAGACGCUUUUACUAAGCUCGCGAUGUCUAAAAAAGAUAUCAAGGCCGAUUGCUUAGCAGUCCUCAGGACUCAAUAUAAGCUUUUGCAAGAAUGGCCGACACCUUCCAUCAAAAAAGCAGAUUUGGGAAUAAUCAGGUCAGAGGUGUUUGAAGAUUCUGAUUCGAGAGUUCCAAAUUUCUUCCAACCCUGGUCUCUGGGACGACUGUCAUCUUUCGAGUUUGAUGCCUCAGACCCUGAAGUUGCUGCGGAUGUUGCGAUAUCUUAUGAGAUCAUUGAUCACGGCUCUUACACAUUGCGGAAAAAUGGGUUUCCUCUCUCUGCCCGUUUGAGGAUCAUUCAUGAAUGUUUCAUCAGAGAGGUGCAGGUCUGGCCACGAGAAUCGCUCGGUGAAACUCAUACGCUUUCAUUCUAUACGGGAUGGAAGUUUCUCGAGCUUUACGCGCCAAAAAUUAAACUCGAUAUGCGUGGCGGUAUUGACUGGGAGUGUCACGGCGGCUGGGUCAAACACGGUGGCAAGCACCCGCAUAUCAAAGCAGCUAUGCAUAGUGCCAUCGAUGUAGACGACGCGGACGAGCUUCUAAGAAGCGAGCUUCUCGUUGUUCUUGGCAUCAUGAUAGAGCGCAUGCAAGAUGAAUCGCUGAAAAACCAUAUCAUUAUUCCGGUAAUGCUCUUUUCGUUUGUUGGCCCGCGAAGUGGGAGCGUUCUUACUGCGUACUUUGAUGGGCAGCAUCUGGUCGUGCAGAAAACACCAAUCUACUUUUUCCCGGGUUCUCCUAAUAGUGAUGCUAUGCUUGAAUUUGUGCGUCGCCAGGCUGGCGGUAUUAAUCGGUCUCUGGAUACUACUCGUUUUCCGAAGCCAGUUGGAGGCGUUCAAGUGUCUGUCUAG